AUGGAAGCAAAGUUACCACAGAAGAAAUAUUAUCGGCAGAGAGCUCAUUCCAACCCAAACUCUGACCAUAAUUUAGAAUACCCAGUAUGUCCAGACUCCAUGGAUUGGUCCUCAUUUUACCCUCAUCACUUCCCACCGACGAAUGUCACCGACAGAGACAGAGAGCCCAUAGAAGAGCAACAGGCAGUCACUAAGAAGGCAAAAGUGGAAUUUGCUGAUGUAGGCUGUGGGUAUGGGGGGCUGCUGGUGGCCCUAGCUCCCUUGUUCCCUCAGACUCUAAUGCUGGGAAUGGAGAUCAGGGUCAAGGUCAGUGACUAUGUCCAGAAACGGAUAGAGGCCCUAAGACUAAAGCACCCUGGCCAGUAUGACAACAUUGCCUGCAUCAGAUCCAACGCCAUGAAGUAUUUACCUAAUUUCUUUCACAAGGAGCAGCUGACCAAGAUGUUUUUUCUGUUCCCUGAUCCUCAUUUCAAGAAGGCCAAACACAAAUGGCGAAUCAUCAACACAACCUUGCUCGCUGAAUAUGCAUAUGUGCUGAAGCCGGGGGGUUUGGUUUACACUAUAACUGACGUGAAAGAUCUCCAUGAAUGGAUGGUUGACCAUUUUACCAAAUUCCCACUGUUUGAACGAGUCUCUGAUGAUGAACUGAAAGAUGACGUAGUUGUAGACAAGAUAUACAACAGCACAGAAGAAGGUCAGAAGGUUGCACGCAACAAAGGGGAGAAGUGGCUGGCUGUCUUCCGCAGAAUUGAGCCCGUAUCUGUCGGCAGCUCCUGA